AUUUACUAGGCUAACUGGUCCCGGAACUUCCAAGGCUCGCUCUUUGGCCCCUCCACCUCCUCCCAUAAGAGCCAGGCCUACGCCCAUGGAUGAGGAGAGGAGUGCCCCUGCAAUCUCCCCAGAACCACCUGAUGAUGGGGACCCCAGUCUACCAGCUCCACCGCUCGGUUCACAGACAACCUCGACCGCAGAGAGAACGGACCCAAAGCCCUGUCCUAGUCCAGAUGUGGCCCACACCUAUACUGAGCCCCUCAUAUUGAGGUUAAAUGGCACCCCAGAAAGGUUGCAAGGAGAUGAUAGAGACAAGUGGAGCAGCGGCCUCUCACACACAGAGCUUACGACACCCAACAAGAGUGUCACAUCUCAACCAGCAGCAAGAUCCACGCCUAUCCACCACACCCAACCAUGUCGGACGCAGCCCAGCAGCCAAGUACGCAACGGAGCCAAGCACCAUGCGCACACACACUCCCCUCACACGCACUGUCCGCAUCACACGCACACACCUCACACGCACACCCUCCAGUCCAACGGGGUCAGGAACGGGGGCCCACAUGAGCAUCCUAAGCUUGGCUCCCUCCCAAGAGGCGGCUCAUCCACCUCCUCAUCCUCUUCAGCAGGACCCAAACACACCAAGAAAUUGCAGUCCAACCCUUCCAUCACCUCCCAGAGCAGCAAGAGGAGCAAGAGCAGCUCCAAGAGCAACAGCUCCCAGAUUCCCACAGAGGCGCAGGACGACUGCUGUGUUCACUGUAUUCUGGCCUGCCUCUUUUGUGAGUUCCUAACUCUUUGUAACAUCGUGCUGGACUGCGCCACCUGCGGCUCCUGUGCCGGGGAUGACUCGUGUUUCUGCUGCUGCUGUGCGUCAGAGGAGUGUGGCGACUGUGACCUGCCCUGCGACAUGGACUGCGGCAUCAUCGACGCCUGCUGUGAGUCUGCAGACUGCCUGGAGAUCUGCAUGGAGUGCUGCAGCCUUUGCUUCUCCUCCUGAGGGCCCCAGCCACCACCACAGGGGGCAAAGUACAUGUCUGCUUCACACUCCCAUGAGCCCGGGAACAGCUUCAACCAGUGCCUUAUCAGAGCCGAGAAGUGCUCCACGCGGUCUUUGUUGCCUGGGCUCUGUGGUUUACACAAUAUUGGCUGGCCUAGUUGGCUUCACAAUAUGCCUGAUGUUUCUUACAAGGUUUGCCGAGAGCAGUCACUGGUGAAUUCUUCCCUCCUUCAUUGAUCAAACGAUGGGACAGUAGCUUCCCUGCCUUGUCUUUGCUGUCGGCCCAUUGCUACACAGUGCAGAGUGAGUUCCAGCUGUGGUUCCACAAGGCUGUGCAGACCGGGCCUCUGGACCCUCACAGAACAAGCUAUUAUUACAAUGGAGCCCCUUGUGCUGCCUGGAUGACUGGAGUUCUCCAAGCAUGAAAAAUGACCUCCAAAGGCAAAUGAGAAAAUGGCUCCAUUUAACCGGAUUUUAGUGUUUCUGUAGAUAAGAGCAGCAGCAUAAUGGGAAAAUGGACGCUCAGAUCUCAGUAGAAAUGUAGUCUGUCCUCCUGUCCUUGGCAAGGUUAAAGUCUUCCAGUUUGAUUGCUUACAGUGGCCUUUGUGACACACGCACACACACACACGCACACACACACACACACCCUUAGCAGAGGAUGUUGGAUCCACCCCUGUCUUUGUCCUUGUUACAAUAUACAAAAUAGAGAAAACAUUAAUGGUGGCUUGUGGCAAUAUUACAAACUUCUUUCGACAGUAUGCAUCUCACUUAACGGACUUAUUCAGAGAAGAAUCAUGAGCAUGUCAUGCAUCAGCCUGAAGAUGGGUCCCAUUAAAUGAGUACUGUAAGCGAUGGACAUCAGAACAAAUGGGUGAUAGCAUCGGUCAUGGACAUAUUCUCGACUCUAACAUGUGAAGGGAGAGAGUUCUUUAUAAAAAAGUCUCUCCUCGUUUAAUGUCUCACAUCAUGUUAACUCAUACAGUUUGUAUGGAGGAGCUUCAGCUGCAUUCAGUGAAUUCCUCCUUGUCUGAAUGAUCAGAACAGGUAAAGGACUGGUAGAGUAUUGGAAGGCAUCAUCUCUUUCAAAAAAAAAAAAAUCUUUUUUCUUUUUUGUUCUUGCUAUGUCAACAAAUGGCCUUGGCUUAGCUUAAGGCCUGAAUUUUCAAGUAGAUUCCUCGCCUUUACCAAAUCUCUAUUAAUCCUUGUUUUGUAGAUUUUAGUUAAGAUAUUUGCAUUUCUCCUCUAAUGUGAAAAUCACAUUUCUGUGUUAUCGGGUUUUGCCGGGCUCUCUGUUCAGCAGACAUCGCUCAACAUCUAAUUUAAUUCCUUGAGUGAAAAUCUCACGACAUUAUGCUAAGUUAGAUCCAUAUGCUCGUAGUAUGAAUGGUACGCUUUUGAUAACGGGCCCUGCACUCUCCUUUGCUCAGAUGCAUACCUUCUCCAACCCAAUACCUCUUGAGAUGUCACCUUGAUCUGUUGUGCAUUUUAAAAUGACUUGAUACAAAUCUCCUCCUCUCUGAUAAAA